GUUCUUUACAUUUUAAAUUUCGAAUGUCUUAUUUACAAACAAAAACCCGCGAAAAUCCUAUAAAUUUUCUAAAGAACUUAAAAAAAUUAAAUUAUGGAUGCACCGUGCAAGAACUGUGGUUUUAACAACUACGAACUGGUAGAUGGACAUUACUACUGUACAGAAUGUCACGAAUUAGUUGAAAAUAUAGUAGAGAAAGAGAUUGACGAGUUUGCUAAUGAAAAUAUUGUUUAUGAUAUUAGAGUCGGUGUUAAGCAAAAAGACACAAAGAAAGAGGAGCAAAAAAGACGAGCAGAAACUGAAUCAAAAUGCACGAGUUUUGAGGAAUAUAAUUACAUUCUACGAGGCUUAGUCGAUGAAAUUCUGAUGAUUGAGAAUGUGCCUAACUUUAAGAAGACAGUUCUGCAAUUAUGGAUCACUUUUUUAAAAUACACUGAAGUUGCCUUCUUUGAUCAAGACAAUUUAGCUCAUUUACCGAAAUUUCAUUCCUUUUAUCGUCAUCAAGAUGCUUUGAUUCUGUACAAUAAAAGACCAUUAAAACGCAAGCGAAAGUACAAGCCAAAGCCAAAAGCUGAAAUCAAAAUUGAGGAUGAUACAGCAGAAGGACGUAAAAUUAAGAGACGAAGUUCCAGAAAAAGUUUAAAAAAGAUCCAGAAAAUGAAUCAGGAUUCAGAGAGCAAUGUAAGCAGCAACACAUCGACAUUAACAAACUUGACAAUUGAGGAUAUUGAGGCAACAAUGCUCGGACAGGAACUGAACAUUGAAUUCUCAAAUGUAGCAAAACAGGCUAAACAACGAUAUCAGGAUUAUAUGACAUCCAGGAACAGAGAAGUAGAAAGAAAUGAGGAUGGUGAGGUUGUUGCGAAAAAGACUGGAUAUCAUGCCUGUAAGGAUUAUGUCCUGAUUCUUAGUGGAAAGGUACUGCUUUAUAUAAUUUAUUGUGCACUUAAUAUUUGCGGAAGUGACAUACAGUUGACUGAUUUGUUGAGAUUUGCAAGAGAAGGAAUUUUAUCUUAUUACAACUUUAACAAGUUACUUCCAGAAAAACUAGAAGACGUGAAGCUAAGUCUGACAAAAUAUCAUAGUCUAUGCUAUAUCAGCCAUAAAUCGUUCCUUUUUGACAUGCAAAAUUUUCUUUCUCACUUUCCUGAUGUUAAAAAAUCCUUAAAAGCUCCAAAACUGAUUGUUCUUGCCAAGAGAUAUAUUGAAGAUUUAUGCUUACCAUCUGUGUUGUUUAAUUAUGUUGAAAAAUUAAUGGAACUGUUGCCAUCAAAAAUGAGCCAAAAUUGUUAUAUUCCUAAUUAUGAAGUACGUGCAAUGGCUUACAUCCUGUUUAUCCUCAAGCUUAUUUUUGGAUUAGAUGGAUUUCGUGAAAAGGAAAUUUCCAAUUCCUCUAAAAAAAUUAAUUCUACAUUUGAGAAAAUUGGUUUACCUAAUAAAUUAUUUAACUUUGAAGCUUGGCGAGAAUUUAUUGAGUACCGAGAAAUAAUCUUAACUAAAUACUAUUAUCCAUCAAUUUUCAAUUAUGAUUACAAGCUGGAUCAAACGUAUGAAAAUUAUGCUUCGAUGUUGAAUAAGGUUCAGCCGAUUACUUUUAAUGUCUACAAUACGAAUGAGAAGCUUACUAGGCUCCAUAAGACUUCUAUCCACAAGAAAGCAGUGACUAAAGAACUCGUACAAAAGCUGCUCAAUCUACAUGAUGAACCGCCAUCAGCAAAUUUGAAUUUUGAAUGUUCUUUUACUCCACUUAAGGAUGCAUUUAAAGUUAUUUUAGAAAGUCCAUUAGAAGCAACAAUCAAUACACAUUUAGUGACUGACUUUACUGAUGACAUGCUGGAAUAUUAUUUUGAUCCAGAGAAACUUGAGAACCUUUUUGUAGAACACGAAAUUGGAUUAGUAACCAGACAAGCUACAUUCCCAAAAAAUUUCAGUAUAGAUAAGCCACUAUUAAUGCCAUUAAAUCCAAACGGAAUGAAUCGUUAUAUAAAGUUGUCUCAUGAAACUAUAGCUGAAAAGAAAUGGAUCAAAAACCUGAUAAAGCAGGAAAAAGAGAACCGUAGUAUCAAGGAAGACAAGAAAGUUCCUUAUCAUAUCAAAGCUAUGUCACAAUUGAUCAAGAAACGCUUCAAUGUAAGGCAGUCAACGCAGAAGAAAAGUCUCAGUCCAAAAAGUGAUCUCGAAUAUGACGAAAUUGCAGACACUAAAGAGAUUUUUUACAACAGCGACGAAUUAACUUUUGUACAUCCAGACUUCAAUCUAUGGCAUAGAAAAAUGAAAAUGAAACCACUUACAACUACAAAAUUUAAGGAAGCUGUUGAAAAAUUACCAAAAACUAUGGUAUGGCUGCUAAGUGCUGCAUCAAAAGUAAUUCAUCAAACUCCAGAGCUCCUUUAUUUUCAUUUGAUAACUCUUGAGAAUGAAUUUACGGAUUAUUAUGAGCCAAUGGAGUUGAAUAACAAUGAAUUAAAAGUUAAAUGUACUGACAAAAAAUAUAUAGCACAGAGCUUGCAUUCUUACUGUAUUUGUUGUUUUAUUGGGAAAAUACAAAAAAUAAGAAAUGCAAUUGAUUGAAUUCAGCCCAAUUACAAUUUUUUUAGUGUCCUUAAUUUCUUUUUGUUUUUGUUGUUUUCUUGAUCUAGCUAAACACUAUAACAAUUCAAUUUUAUUUUUUUCCUAUAAUAACUUCAUGCACACACCAUAAGUUCUUUUUAAAUUUUAUUACUCUAAAUAUUGUGCAGGCUGUUUUUACGAAUUUAAGAGAUUUUAUAAGUUUAGAAAUAAAUAAAUUACAAAAUAAUUAAAGAGUUCUGGAAUUGGUUGGAAUUAAACAGAAUCAUUUUAAAAAUGACCAUUUUUCAAAUAUGAAAUAAAAAAAAAUUAUAAUGAAAUGGAACCAAGGAAUGAGCAGAGGGGGGCACUAAUUUUUUUUUUGGUCAUUACUUAAACAUCUCAUCUUAUUAUUAUCAUCAUUAAAAUAAUACACAAAUCACAUGUGAUGAAAUUACACCAAAAAUUAACUCGUUUUAAUUAAUUUACAGUUCUGUGUGCUCUUCUUUAUCAUCCUCUGUCUCUGUUGGCUCAACUAUAGCUUCUUCGGUCUGUUCCUGCUUUUCUCCAUCCUUUUGAUCCAAUGGAACUGACUCAUCAAUUGUCUGAGCUGAUUCUUCAUCCUUAAUUUCAUUUUCUUCUACUUUUGGCUCGUCUUGUGGCACUUCCUGUUUCGUCUCAUCUUGUUCAGUCGCAUUACUGCUUGUUGUCUCAUUCUUGACUUUCUUUUCUUUUGGUUUCUCUUUUGGACGCCAUCUCUUGAUCUUAUUGACGAGAUAUUUCACUUCACGAUCCAAAUAUGCCAUUUUAUCAGUUAAUUGCUUGACUGUAAGUCUGACUGGUUCAUUUUUGGGCAUCUUAUUUUGAGCUGAAACUUCCUUAUCACGCCAAUCAAUUACUUCUUUAAUUCCUUUAGCUAAAUCCUCGAUUUCCUUCUCAUUAAAGACAUCCUUCUUUUCUGGAUCUUGUGUAAUGUUCUUUGCUGAUGCCAAAAAUUGUUGUGCACCUUCAAUCAUGCCUUUUAAUGCCUUCAAUGCUUCUGGACGUUCUCUAUGCUCCCAAUGUCUAGCAUAAAUUUCAUUUGUCUUCUUUGUGAAUGAUUCAAGUUUCUCUUCAAAUACUUCAACCUUUGCAUCAAUUCCAUCUUCAUAAAUCCAUUCACUAAUCUCACUGCACAUUGCUUUAAUCUCUUCCAAUUCCUUUUGUGUUGCACAUGAAUAGUAUUCUUUUUCUUCAAAUCUAUGUUGUGCCUCAAUUACGUGAGUUUCUAAUGAAUUUACAGCAUUUUCGCGUCUCAACUUUUCUUGUUCAAGUUUAUAGAUUUCAUCCAUUCUUUUCGAUGAUUCCUCAAAUUGCUCAUCAGUCAAUGUCUUCAUGACUAAUUCUUCUGUCUUGGCACUAAUUUGUUCCUUGAUAAUAACCACUUUUGGCUUAUCGGUUGUAGUUUCAUUCUUUGGUGCUGAUUCGUUUGUAGUUUCAUUUACUGGAGGUGCUUCUGUUGCUUCAUUUGACUCUUGUGGCUUUUCUGAUGCCUCUUCUGGUUCUGUUUCAUUCUUUGGAGCAUCAGCUUUUCCUUCUUCCUUAUCACCGCCGAAGAGUUUACUGAUUGUUGACCCCAAUUUACUUAAUGUACCUAG